AAAUGCAAGAAGUCCCCGAGCUCCGGAUUCGGUUACCAUGGAAAUGCCGCUAGGAGAUGCUGCUGCAGGUCCUCGGGAGAAGCGCGAGAUUAUUCAGCACCUUGGACAGCAGCGCUGCGUCGGUCCUCCCUUCUGCCGGACGCGAUACUAUAUGCUUAUUGUGAUCGGAGAAGUCGCGUCAGAUCACCAGCUUGAGUCAGUGAAAGAACACAUCAAACGGGGGAUCCUGUCGUGGGAUGUUGAUUUGACCGUUUGUGACUUGAAUAAGGAGCUGAAGCUGUUUGAAGCCAGACACUCUGCCCAGUUUUCAUCAGAGGUGAAAGGACAGAGACUUUUGCAAUACAAGAGUGAUGUUCUUGAGACUGUUGUGUUGGUGAAUCCUUCUGAGGAGAACAUUGCUAUAGAGUUUAGAACACUGCUCUGUGAUUCAGCAGGACAUAAGUUAUUAGUCCUAAGUGGGCAAAGUACUGAACAGAGCGGUGACAUUAUCCUGCAAAGUGGAGUGUUUGGUUGGAAAAAUUUCUCUGACAUUCUCUCAAGUCGUAGGAUUAAAGAUCUCCUUAACCAGCCAUCUGCAGGUCAGCAAGCCUGUUUGACUGUGUCCAGUAAAGGAGAAGGGGGCUGGAGCUCCCUAGGGUACGUACAGGAGCAGAGCACAUUGAAGUACAGACUAAACCCAGAGCCUGUGCUGCCUGAGAUGGAAGGGGUUAGUGAGUUUACAGAAUAUGUCUCUGAGACAGUGGAUGUUCCCUCUCCAUUUGAGCUCCUAGAACCACCAACCUCAGGAGGGUUCCUCAAGUUGUCCAAGCCAUGCUGCUAUAUCUUUCCUGGAGGACGGGGUGACUCUGCUUUGUUUGCAGUCAAUGGUUUUAACAUUUUAAUCGAUGGUGGCUCAGACAGAAAAUCUUGCUUCUGGAAGCUGGUGAGACAUUUGGAUAGGAUUGAUUCUGUUCUCCUUACCCACAUAGGAGCAGAUAAUCUUGCUGGAAUAAAUGGACUGUUACAGAGAAAAAUUGCAGAGCAGGAGGAAGAGAAGAGUCGUGGUUCAAAUACUUAUGGAGACUGGAUGAAAAAUCUGAUAUCACCAGAGCUUGGUGUUGUGUUCUUUAACGUACCAGACAAGCUGAAGGCGCCUGAGACCACACUUAAAGCAAAGAGGAGCAUUGAAGAGGCCUCUCUCACGUUGCAGUACCUUCACAAACUGGGCAUCAAACCUGAGCCACUAUACAGAGUUAUGAGUAACACAAUUGAACCUUUAACACUCUUUCACAAGUUGGGUGUUGGCAAACUAGACAUGUAUAUUCUGAAUCCUCUCAAGGACAGUAAGGAAAUGCAGUUCUUUAUGCAGAAGUGGGCUGGUAACAGUAAAGCUAAGACUGGCAUCGUCCUGGCCAAUGGCAAAGAGGGUGAGAUUUCAGUUCCUUACCUCACAUCAGUGACAGCUCUGGUUGUGUGGGUACCUGCCAGUCCAACAGAAAAGAUUGUCAGAGUACUGUUUCCUGGAAAUGCCCCACAAAACAAAAUAUUUGAGGGGCUUGAAAAGCUGAGGCAUCUCGAUUUCUUGCGAUAUCCAGUAGCCACUCAAAAGGACAUGUCAUCUGGAGCUCCGCCUCCACUGAUUAAACAAACUAAAAUGAAGUUGAGAACGGAUAGCAAAGAAAGUCUCAAAUCAUCCCCUAAAUUUUCUUCCACUACAAAAGCAAGCAAGAAAGAGGCAAAUGAAGACAUUGAGUCAAAGAGUGACUCUGUAAAAGAGAACAAAAUUGAAAAGAAAGAUAAGAAAAUAAAAGAGAUUGUUAAAACUCCCAAACCACUUAAACCCAAGACAGCAUCACCCGAUUCACUUAAGCAAGAGAAAAAGAAGCUGCAGAGAGAAAAAUCUCCUAAAAAGCACAUCAAGGAGAAAGCAUCUAAGAUGGAGGAGAAGAAAGACCAGGAAAAGAAAGACACAAAGAAAGAAAAGGCAGAUGUAAAAAAAGAGGACAUUAAAAAAGAACUCAAAAGUAAGGAGGAGAAGAAAAAAGAAAAAGAAAAAAUUAAGCCAGAAUUGAGAAAACUCACAAAACCUGACUUAAAGCCCUUCACCCCUGAGGUCCGUAAGACUCUGAACAAAGCAAAGGUUCAAGUAAAGCCUAAAACAGAAAAAACUAAAGCAGCUAAGGAGCAAGAAAAUAGGCCAGCUGCUAAGCAAGCUUCAGUAGAGAAACGGGAGAGUGACAGGUCCUUAGUCUCCUCCCCAGAAGAUCUUACCAAGGAUUUUGAAGCCUUGCGACUGGAAGAAGAGCUUUCCAAGCCCACUGAGAGUAAAAUGCUCCCAGAUUUUCAGCCUGCAGUGGUCAGCGUUGCACCUCACAUUGAAUCUCCUGAUGAGGGAAUAACUACAACCGAUGUUGAGACAGAGUCCCCUCAUGAGGAAAGUGUACCUUAUAGAGUAAAUGAAAAAUCCCCUUCUAAAAUCAUUGAUAGGUUUGAGGAUGAAGGUGCUACAACAGAAGAUGACAUAGAGGAUGACUAUACCACAAAACAGAAAAGUACUAAAACAUCAGACUUUUUGGAAAUGAGCAAAAAUAAAGAAUGGCAAGAAAAAGCAAAAGAAGAAGAAAAAGAGUUGAAACCCAGAAAGAGUGACAGUGAAGAAGAAGAGGAUGUAAUUGAAAAAGCAGAGCUAGAGGAGGCGGAGGAUUUAGUGCAUGAAGAGGAGCUCAAGUACAAAUCUGAUGAGGCUAGGAAAGAAAAACUUGGAAAGGACUGGGAGACAAAACAAAGUGACAUUAAAUCUGCCAAACCUCUGGGUGCUGCAGAGCAUGUUUCAUUCAUCCAAGAUGAGACCAUUCCAGGUUACUCUGAAACAGAGCAGACCAUUUCUGACGAGGAGAUCAAUGAGGAAACAGAGGAGCGAAUCCCACAUCUUCAGUAUGAUGUCGGCUCUUAUGACAUCUCUGUUCCUGAUGAACCAGGGACUUUUGACACCAUCCAUGGCAUGAAACCACCAACCAUCUCUGUUGCUUCUGAGUUAUCAUCAAAGGGUUUCGCAGUAGACCAGGAGCCAGUCCUAUCAGCUUACGCAACCAAUAUAAUUGCUGCUCCAUUGGCUGAAGAAGAGCAUAUUUCAUCAGCCACCUCCAUCACUGAAUAUGACAAAUUAUCAUCUUUUGCAACAUCUGUUACUGAAGAUCAGUCUAUUGCAUCCGUGACAGCACCACCCACUGAAGAGGCAGGAAAAAGCUCUUUACUCUUAGAUACUGUAAACAGUAUACCAUCAUCUGUACAGACAGAUGCCACUCAAGGAAAGGAGUACCUUCACUCUGCAGGAACUAUUUCUCCAACUUCGUCAUUAGAGGAGGAUAAGUGUUUUAAAUCACCUCCUUCUGAGGAAUAUCAACCCAUCAUGCCGGAAACGGAAACUACAGUGAAGGCUGCUGUUCCCCAAAGUUAUGAGGAUGAAGAGGAAGAGGAAGAGGAUGAGGAUCAGACACCAAAUGUUGAUAUGCCACUUGGAAAGCUCCAUGAGGGUUAUGCAUCUGCUGCCAUGCUUGAAGAGCAAGCUCAUGACAAAUUUCCCAUAUCAGCAGCACCUAUUCCAACUCAGAUGAUGUAUGUUGGCACACAAGAAAAAGAUGAAAAGGGAAUCUCACUCUCUAAGGAUGAAUCUAAAUUGGGUGCCUCUGAGAAAAGUUUGCCUUGCACCUCAGAGACAAGUAUUGUUUCAGAGAGUGAAGAAAGAUGCCUCAGCCCAGAUGACAGCACUGUGAGGUUUGCCUCACCUACUCAAUCAGGACCGACCAGCAGUAGCUACUCUCCCACUGAGGAGAGGUCACAAAAGCCACUGAUUAUGGACAAAGAGGAAAAACUAGAUAAGGAGACAUUCGAUUCUCAGAGGUGUUUGGCCCAAGAGGCCCCUGCUGACAAAAAGUCUGUGAAAAUAAUUGAUGAUGAAGUGGAUCCUUUUGGAAAGGAACUCUCUGGCACUAAACCUGCAUUAUAUGACUCAGAAGAAGAUGAAGAGGAAGAGAAGGAGGAUUAUUUUGGAAAGGAAAGCUACAAAGUGUGUGGUAAAACUAAAUACAAAGAGGAGAGGGAAUGCACUUUUCUUGAUGAAGAAUACUCUGAAGAGACAUCACCCCUAAAAAAGGAGAAGCUGUCUGAAAAUGAGAAAGAAUCUGUGGAUAAGGAAGAUAAACCACAAAAUGUGACCUACUUGGGCCAUGAGUACAAAUCCCAGAUGCUCAGCUCAGGAGAGGAAGAUGAAAGUGAAACCGAAGAUGGUACUUACUCAAGCGUAAAUGUACCACAGGGCAAGUUAGAUUCCAUGUCAGCAAGCCAAGGCAAAAAAGAUGUGUCAUUCUCAGAGAUAGAUGACCCAAAAGUGAUUUCUAAAGACACCGAUAAAAGUGUUCACUUCAACUUGUAUUCCUUCCCUGAGUGUGAGAAAGGCCUUAAAGGGGAAUGUGAGAGGGUGGUUAGGCAAGAUACCCCCUAUGUUGGGAAGAGCUUUACAUACUCUGAUGUGUACGACAGUAAAUCCAGUUCAGUGGAUUCCUACUCUCCAAAUCUGCCAAAGGAGCACACUUUUGAUGAUACUGAUCUUACUCCAAAGAAAACAGAAAAGAAGGAUUCCCUGGAUUCUUCCGCUGACAAGAUUUCUGACCUUAAAGCUUCAGAAGAAAUGGAAGCAUCAUCAGCUUCAUAUAGUGAAACACAAGAUAUAUAUGGGGCAACACAGAUAAAGGAUACACAUGAAGAAACAUUCUCUGAGAAAAUAAAGGAAGUUGAAGAAAAGAAAACUGAGAAAGACUCAUCUGUUUCAGCUGAGAGAGACCCAUUUUCAGUUAAAUUUGAAAAGCCAGAUUUCAGUGGAAUGGCAGAGGCUGGUACAUUACAAUCAGGCCAUUAUGCAACUGACAGCUUCAGCUCUGAUUACAGUGCUAAAAGUAUGAGUUCUGUGUUAGGCCAGUCUACAUUUAGCACAAAGGAAGUCAAGGCUGGUGACAUGAAGAUGUUUGCUGAUGGAGAGGAUGAAGACGAAGAAGAUGAUGAAGACGAAGAUGACGAAGAUGAGGAGUACGGAGAGCAUGAAAGUGAUAGUGAUACAGAGAAAGGUGCUAAAGACAGACAAGAGAAAGAUGCGCAGCACUCUCUAAGUAGUGUCAUCAGCACUGUACCUACUCAAUUCCAGGAUGUAAAGAAAGACAGCAUUACACAGGACUACAGCUUUGGAUCUGACACCUAUGGGAAAUCUUUAGGUUCAUCAAAAUUUGAAAGUCAAGAGGGUCACAAGGACUCAUCACAAACUGUUAAAGGGGAUGCCUCACCUUUUCAUACUAAAACUCAUAUUACUGGAUCAUCUGGAUUUGAACGUUCUUCAAGUGAGGAGAAAGAUGAGUUUGUCGAAAAUUACGAGAAAGAUGUCAAGUCAUAUUUACCCAUCUCAACAAAGUCUGCUGAAGAUAAAUUAUCUACUCACUACGAUGGCAAAGACAUUGAGUUUGACAAGCAAAAGACACCAGAUGGAGCAGACAAAAAAACAGGAGACCCUGUUUCAUUGGGAUUCAGUUACACAACUAUGUCGGCGACAGCAUAUUCCUCUUCUUCUUCUUACAGUCAUUCCUCAUCAGCUUCAGCUUCUCUGUCCACUAGCCGGCAGUUUGGGGAUGAGAUAGAGACUCCAGCCAGCACUGGAUUUGAGUACUCUUCUUUCAAAGAUGAACAUUCUCCAGUAACAGACUCGCCCUUCUCUAAUUCUGGUGGGCAGGCUAAGGAUGAAUAUUUGGAAGUGUCCGAAAAGCUGACCCAUGCAACCACUACAGCUGAAUCUAGCCUUGCAAGAUUCUCACCAUUAUCACCUUUUGAGGAGAUCAGGCCUUUCCCUUCACAUGCUGGCACUUGCAAAGGUGAUAAGAAAGAACCUGCUUACUCUACAAGCAAUUUCUCAGAACAAGGUCCACAAAGUCAGUGCUUUUACAAAUCGGAGUGGGAAGAGGACUCAAGAUUGCAAGAUGAAUUUGGUGCAACUGGACCUUAUACCUCUAUUCCUCCGACCACACAGAAAGACACCAUGCCUGAAGAUCUGUAUGGCGCUUCAUCAACGCUUCAAUUUGAGUGCCCUGAAAAACAGUACUAUGAAGACACAGAGAGUAGUGAAGAGGAGGAUGAUUAUAUGUACGAAACCGAACAGGAUAAACUUCAGUACCAAAGAUCUCCACUUACAGCUCAAGCAGAUAAGAAAGAUAGCACAUUUUCCUUGGGUGAGACACUAACAAAGGACAUGUCUUCUGGUUUGGGAGCCACUAUCCCAGAUGCACGUACCUCACAUACUUCCUCUUUUCCUGAGCCCACAAAACCAGACACAACAAACGGGCCUGCAGAAGUCAGUUUGAGUGCACCAGAGGCUUUUGGAGGAACCAGCAAGGUGGCGAUAGGCUUGUCAAAAGUAGAGCCGCAAGGUCAAGAAUUUGACGUAAAGAAAAUUAGAAGCUCAGGUGAAUGGGAAAUGCAGCAGCAACAAGACAUCUACCCAGGAGCAUCCCCACCUCAUUAUCGACAUGAAGAUGAAUAUGAAGAAGAAGAAGAGACUGAGCCAGAGCACCCAGCCCGUCCUCUUUCUCUUUCUUCCACAGACCAACCUUUCCAUGCUUCUUAUUACGCAGAUGAUCCUACCAGACACAAUGAUGACUAUCCUUCAGAUGUUGGUAUCCAUCCACAUUCAUCCACAGCUUCUCCAGGCUAUUCCUCUUGUGAGUACAAGCAGAGGAGAGGAGACACAUCUCCAUCCUUUAUCAACCCAAGCUUAUGUCAACUUUCAAGUGAUGAAGAAAAUGAGGAACAGAGAAGCCAAGGAUCCGAUCAACAGCAACCUUCGGGGAAGACCAGGUCUCAGAAACAACCCCAUCACCACUCUCACAGUCAUCAGGGUGAGGACGGCGAAUUGCAACACUUCUCUGGAACAAUGGCUGCUGGAAUUAGUGCCAGUGGAGAGGACACACCUCCAACCUCGGUCAGUGAACCACUGCAUUCCCAAUCAGAUUCUGAUGUUCCACCAGGUACAGAAGAGUGUCCAUCAGUUACAGCAGAAAGAAACAAUGACUCUGAUGAGGAUGCAGAUUACCUGCCUGUAGAUAAAUCAUCUGGAGCUUAUGGGGGGAAGCAUUAUUCAUCUAGGUCACCUACUAAAAGUCAUGAUCCCUUUCCGUCACCAAUGAUGGAUCCUGCACCUUGUCCCCCUCGCCCUGAUGUAUGUAUGGUUGAUCCUGAGGCUCUAUCGAGCCUAACCGACAAACCAAUCAAGAAAGAUUCCAAAUCAAAGGGUUUGCGUAAAUUAGGCAAGACAAAGUCCUCAUCUCCUGCUCGGAAGCCUGAUGCUAGGCGAAAGAGGUCCCCAUCCAAAGAGGCUUCAACUCACACCACUUCUCUUAGGAAGAAGGAAAUGGAGGAUGAUCUAUCAAGGUCAAGCCACAACACCGGCAAAGGCCUUGUCAAUGGCCUUAAGAACAGUGCGGGAUCAAAUUCUGCAAAAUUCAGUGCAUCUGUGCCCCCUGGUCCUCCUAUCUAUGUGGAUCUGGCCUACAUUCCCAACCACUGCAGUGCUAAAAAUGUGGACCAGGAGUUUUUCAAACGUGUUCGUUCUGCAUAUUAUGUAGUGAGUGGAAAUGACUCCAGCAGUGCAGAACCGAGCCGCAAUGUACUAGAUGCCUUGCUAGAGGGAAAGGCACAGUGGGGAUCCAAUCUACAGGUAACAUUGAUACCUACUCAUGACACAGAAGUGACCCGCGAAUGGUAUCAGCAGACCCAUGAGAAGCAACAGGAGCUGAACAUCAUGGUCCUGGCCAGCAGCAGCACAGUUGUGAUGCAAGACGAGUCAUUCCCAGCCUGCAAAAUAGAGUUCUAAAUUCAACAUGGCUCCCAGGUUCACAUCUUAACUCCUGAAUGGUCCGUUACAGCCUUAAUUGUAGUUUACUCAGUGUAAAAUUCUUAACCCUUUGCUUUUUAACUUCCCAAGGUUUAAAACAGCACAUAGUGUCUAUUGCCCAAAAACCCAGUCAAACCGUGUGACCUUUGAUUAUUAUUUCUUGGUAAUGAAAGUUAUUAGAGUGCAGGAGAACAGAAGGAAGAUGUGCCUUUCACUAUAUACUUUUCAGGGUGGCUUUUCCCUUUACGUUAUACAAUACAUAUACAGUACAAUACAAUACAAUACAUACAUGGGUCUCCAAAAUCAUUAACCCUUUUGGACCCUUUUGGAUUUUGGUCCAGGUCCUGUUUCAGCUAGUUUUCAUGGUUACGUUCCCAGUUCCCAAUUUUAUACUGAACAAGGUUACCAAAUGAAUGUGCUAAAUACAAUAACAAAGUUAAUCUAUAUAGCCUUGUUUACAAAGGCAUCUAAAGCACAAGUAUACCUCUUCACUUACUUUUAAACAAAAACACUAGAAAUUCCCUAAUACUGCAGCUGAACUGGAUGAGAUAGUACGUCCUUGCGAGGUCCUCUUUCAUUGCUUCACACAUACACACACUAUAUAUACAAUAAUCGUCUAUUAAUCAAGUUAUCGUAUGUUCAGAUACCUACUGUGCGAACAGCAACUGAGGCUAUAUACCUCAGCAGAGAGAUUAACCAAUACCUGGGUGCUAGUAUUUCAGAAACAGGAAUAAGAAAAAAAUGUUGUGCACAAAUGACUUUACAUUCCUGACUCGCUUUGCAUUUGUGUCGUGGAGUGAUGGCACCAAGUGAUAAUAACAAAAAUAAUAUAUUGCUACUAGAUCAGGACAAAAUUGUGUUUGUAAACUGAUUAUGAAAAAAGGAUAGUAAGUUUAUUGCCAACGCUGAAUGACGGAACGGAAUCAAAUCUUAUUUUGUCAUUAAAUGAUGUAUAAAGUGUAUGUUCUCAGAGUUUAUGAUUAUUUUUAGUGUUUAUGAAGUUCUAAAGUAUGUUUUAUUACUGAUUUUAUUCAGUUCUGAAGAUAAUUAACCUUGUAAUGAGUUCCCCUUGAUUUCUAUAGGUUAUAAAAUGUAUAUAGUGCAAAUUUGCUUACUGUAAAGGAAUGGAAAGAAAGGAUGACUGAGACUGCAUACGUAAGCCAAAGUUUCCGGCAAUAGAAGUGCAUGGUGUUCAGUGAAUAAUCUAUGUAUGGAAGUCUUUACUGUGUCUUUGUGUAGGGUUACAUGAAAGAUACGAGCCAGCGAUACUGCACUGAAACCUAUUCCAAAAAUGUUAUAGUGUGUUUUAAGUUGUUCAAAGAGCGUUGUGGCUUUUCUAUGGGACAUAAACCUUAAUCUUAAAUCAUUAAUCGCUUAUUUCACAGUCAGUAUGCAAUGAGGAUAUAGAUUACAUUUUGAAAUAUAAAAGAGAGUUCUUGGCCACUGAUUGAAAGACACUAUGAGCAGUAGUGGAUAGUAGAAAACAUGCUGUCAUGAAACGCCCAGAACUGCAGAAAGGUAUAUUAUCAGCGGCGUAACAUAUAAGGCUUAAAAUAACCGAUUUGAUGAAAGAUAGGGGCCGGGUUUAAGACGAGAAGGGUGAUGAUCAUGUAUGAUGAAUAGUAAAAAUACUGUAUGCGUUGCAUGUAUAUUACCAUGAGGUUGAACAUGCAUUUGAGCACUGCUAUGCUUUUAGGUGCUUGGCUUAACUCUUAUUCUAUUAAAGGAGGAAGGUUCGAAAUGACAAUGAACUUUUUUCUGUUGCAUUCGAGUCAAACCGCUCUAUAUAAUGUUCGUACUUUUCGCGAGAUGAUUUAAUUUGUGUUUCAUAGUCUAAGAUCGGAUUGUCGACCUUCAUCUUUGGAUUUCCGCUAAGCCGUAUUCACGACAGGGCAGAAUAUGCUUCAGCGUAAUCCUUUAUAUUUCUCUGAGGAGCAAUGUAUGAGGAUCCACAGUUAAUAUUUGCCUCUAAUGUUUUUAAGGUGCUGUAACUUUUGAGCUACUGGUUAUUUGGCUGUGCUGCUGACGUGGUGAAACCCAGAUGUGACUCUCCGCAGCACCACAGAAAUUAAACACUAACACGUACCAGACUGCAGACUGCCAGAUCACGUGACUCGAUCGCUGAUCACAUUUUAUAUUCAAGAUUUGUAAGUGUCCGUGUGACUAUCUUUACUUUCUUUCGUUUUUUUUUUUUUUUUUUUUUUUUUUUUUUUCGUUUUGAAGAUGAAGACUAAAUGUUUCAAAAGAUUUGAAAAAUAAAAUAGUCAUGAUGUGCUGUGCAAAACAUGUUGAGUUUGCCAUCUCAAUAGCAUCGAAACUUUGAAAUAUAGCAUUCCAUCGAGCCUAGCUGUUUAAUGCAUGUGAUCUUAAGUUUGAACUUGUAUGUAAUAGUUCAUAGUUAUAUUAAAUAAAGUACUAUUUUAAACAUAUAUUUAAAUGAUAAUUGUCUCAAUUGUACUGAAAGGCACAUAUAACCAGACCGCGCUAUCAUUUCCAGCGUGCAGUGUUGUUUAAAAAAAAAACAAAAAAAAACGUGUACUUGGAUUUAUUUUCCAUUUUUCAGAUUUUCAUGACCUUUGCUUUCAUUUCUCUCUUUUUUUAUGUGCAAUACUCUGUAUCUUUCUUUAAGCUCUCUAAAUGAGUGUCUACAAAUAUGUUGUAGGAGGGUAAACCUGAUAACCACUAAUAAAAUAUGUUAAUGGGAAA